CACGGUGAUCGGUGGUGCGCUGUGUCCCAGCGAAUCACCAACAGAUCAUCAGGGCACUGAUGAUCAGUGUGCCCUGAUGAUCAGUGUAACCCCAUCAGUGCCACCUGUCAGUGCCCAUCAAUGCCAGCUGUCAGUGCUCAUCAGUGCCACAUAUCAGUGCCCAUCAGUGCCUCAUCAAUGCCACAUAUCAGUGCCUACCAGUGCACAUAAAUGCCACAUAUCAGUGCCCAUCUGAGUUGCCUUUCAGUGCCAGUCAGUGCCACCUAUCAAUGCCAGUCAGUGCCACCUAUCAGUGCUGCAAGUCAGUGCCACCUAUCAG